CAGCCUUCAUCCAAGCGAAAGUCUCCUGUAAAGUCUUGUGUCCUGGCCACGCAACCAGGUCCUGACCAUAUAUAUUCUCGGAUUAGUAUUUCGAAUUUGCGACGAACUCCAUCUGUAAUUCGCCGACAGAAUUUCUCAUCAGAAUUAGCAGUGUUUAAUAGCCUUACUUGCGCCCAGGCCUGUAAUCAUGUCAGCACAACGACGUCUACAAAUUCUCAGCAAUCACCUGCUUGGACGCACUUCUGAGGAUCUCGUUUCGAGGCAGGCAACUGCCGCGAACAAUUCAGAUGUCUCUGCUUCAUAUGCUUCCGUCGACGGGAAACCCAACUCCUAUGGUCGAGUUCAUGGAGCCGUCAGCCGCGAGCCAACCAACUGGCGUCGGAUACCGAUUGUUUCACGGGAGGAGUUGACUGAUGUCAUCUAUGAGAAAGCCAUCGGCGAGGGCAUUGCCAAGAUCACCAUCAACCGGCCGGAGCGCAGGAAUGCCUUUCGCCCCCGGACAGUCCAGGAGAUGUCUUGGUGCUUCGGCGACGCCCGAGACGACCCUGAAGUGGGCGUCAUCAUCUUGACAGGUGCCGGCGACCUUGCCUUUUGCAGUGGCGGCGAUCAGAGCGUUCGCGGCCAGGGCGGUUACGUCGGGGCGGAUGGAAUUGCGCGACUCAAUGUACUCGAUCUGCAGAUCCAGAUCCGGCGGCUGCCCAAGCCCGUGGUAGCCAUGGUGGCGGGGUACGCUGUGGGAGGAGGCCACAUCCUCCACAUGAUCUGCGACCUCACGAUAGCCGCAGAUAAUGCCGUAUUCGGUCAAACCGGCCCCAAGGUCGGCUCCUUUGACGCGGGAUACGGCUCCACGCACAUGGCUAGGCUGGUGGGGCAGAAGAAGGCGAGGGAGAUGUGGUUUUUGGCACGACUGUACGACGCACAUGAGGCCCACCGGAUGGGCCUUGUGAACACGGUGGUUCCCCUGGACAAGCUGGAGGAGGAGACCUUGGUUUGGUGUCGUGAGAUGCUCCGAAACAGCCCCACGGCCCUCCGACUUCUCAAAUCCGCACUCAACGCCGCGGAGGAUGGCCAGGCGGGAAUUCAGGAGCUGGGGGGUAAUGCCACACUGCUGUUUUAUCAGAGCGAGGAAGGAAACGAGGGUCGCCAAGCCUACCUCGAAAAGCGCGCGCCCAACUUUUCCAAAUUCAAACGGCUUCCUUGAGGAGGAGGAGGUGUGUGUGUGUGUGUGUGUGUGUUUGGGAAAACAGCUUCCAGCUGAUCGAAUGAACUGGAUGUGCGACCUCUGGCGACGUGGGGUUACUCUGAGGUGGUCUAGGGAGAGGAGACGGAAGAGGAGGAGGAGGGAGUCGCAGUAUGAUAUGGUGUAGAGCGUAAUAUGCUGGUUGCCAGACUAGGAGGAGGAGGGCGUGCCGCAUACAGUACUGGACACGCGAGAAAGCCAGGUGUCGUUGCUUUAGCAGACGGACUUGGGGUGCCAAGGAAUGUGCACUUCGCCUCGGCGUCAAGAAACAUUUUAUUCUUUGUUGCGUGAAGCAGGGAGCUUGUGCCUGAGUUUCUUGUUUAGCGUUUCUGUCUUGGUAGGAAACAUGUGAUUGGGUAAUUAAGUAUGUAUCAUUGGUG